AUGAGAUGCCUCUCUGGUCAAACUUGGGUCAAACGAAGUUAUUGGUCUAUUAAAAUAGGCUUGGAUGCCAGACCUAUUUUUUGCUUUGAUCCGCUGUUCUUCCAGCAGUUUAUUUUCUGCUCUGGAUACCAGAUAUGUUUGGCUCUGGCCUGUGGGUGUAGUGUUUGUUCCCCUGGCAGAGGGUUUUAAUAUAGAUCUUUGAUAUAGAGCAGGGUUGGCCUGGGAGGGGAGGGGAGGGGGGAGAUGGCGGCGGAGGCCCGGGACGAGAUGGCGGUGCCGGCCCCCGACGCCGUGCUGGAGGUGGGCCAGCGGCUAUUCCAUGUCAACAGGGCCGCGCUGUCGCGGGCCAGCGACUACUUUCGCGCCUUGUUCUUCGGCGGCACCAGGGAUCGGUCGGGGCCUGGGCGCCGCGUCGUGCUGCGAGGCCUGGACGCCGAGGUGUUCGAGCGGCUGCUGGCCUUCGCCCAGGGCGGCCACGUCCUGAUCGAGCGGCACAACGCGGCGGCGCUGCUGGAGGCCGCCGACUUCUUGCUGUUGGAGCGGCUCAAGCGUCUGUGCGGCGCCUUCCUGCAGCGCCAGCUCCGCGCCGGCAACUGCCUAGGCUUCUGGGCCUACUCGAGGCGCUUCGCCUGCCCGGGCCUGGAGGCCGCCGCCCGCCGGGUGGCCCACACUCACCUGGCCGCCGUGAUGGCCGAGCGGGAGGAGCUGGAGCAGCUCCCCGAGGAGGCUCUGGCCGAGCUGCUGGCCAGCGACGAGCUGUACGUGGGCGCCGAGGACGAGGUGGUCGAGGCCUUGGUGGAGUGGGCGAGCCACGGGCGCGGCCGGGAUGCGGCCUUGCCGUCGCUGCUCGGCCUGGUCAGGGCCCCCUUCCUCAGCCUCGCCUUCCUCGACCUCCUCAUACAACGGACCAAGGGCGGGGGCAGCGGCGAGGACGACACUUGCGGCCGCCUGCUGAAGAUGCUCAGCCGGGCCCUACCCCGCCAAUGGACGGCGGCCCAGGGCCUCCCCCAGAGAGGCCGCAGCUACCAGACCCUCUACGUCCUCGGGGGAAGACACGAGCUGGAGCAGCAAGAACUCUUCCAAUUCCACCCUAAAACCAACUCAUGGCAAGCCUGCUCCCCUCUCCGCCGCAGAAACCUCACCCAGUACGCCGUGGCAGCAGUAGGGAAUUCCAUCUUUGUCACGGGCGGAUACUUCCGAGACGAGGUGGUGUGGUACUGCGUGGACUGGGUGCUGAUUUACAACUGCUGGGAGAACAGCUGGUCGGAAGGACCUUCCAUGAAGCAAUCCCGCAACUGGCACUGUGCCGUCGGCGCCGGCCAGUACCUCUACGUGCUGGGAGGAAGCACCGACGAGGCGGUGAUAGGUGAUGUGGAGCGUCUGCCCGUGAGCCACACGGAGUGGGUGGGCAUGAGCGGCAUGGUUCAGCCUGUGGAGAGGGCAGCGGCGGCCAGCGACGGGGCCAGCAUCUACGUGCUGUGCGGACUGGAUGAGAACGGAGAUGUCUACAGUGGGGUUCAGCGGCUACAUGUGGACACAGAUGUCUGGGACGUCAUCUCCUUUUCGCCACAUCCCCGGUACGAUCUUUGCGCCACUCUGCUGAACGGUGCAUUAUAUGUAGUGGGAGGUCAGACAUUCCGCCUGGACAUAGACACGGACGAGUGGACCCCGGUGGACGAGGAGUGCUUGAAUCAGAAGUUCUUCAAUGGUUGCGCUACUGUUAACGGGAGGACGUUUCUUCUUGGCGAGAGGAAGGGGAAUACGACGAUCCCUAUUAUGAUUCUUUUCGAUCCCUACACGGACACCUGUCAGACGGUGGACACAGCAGUGCCCUGCGCCCUCCCUGUGCGGGGCUGCGUGUCCAUCCGAAAGUUCAACACCACGCGAGUAUGAGGAAGACACGCGGGCAUCAUUUAAUGCAAGCAGCGCUCAGUAUCCUCUAGUAUCUUUGACGCUCAGUUAGUUCCCUCACAACACAGUCAGUCGGUCGACACUGGGCUCUCACCUUGCAGCCGGGAUUACGAUGGGUGGUGCCGGUGCAACAGAAUCAUGGCUAACACUUUUUUCAAUUUUCUAUCGAAAGGCACGCGAGACCGACCCAGAAAAUCCAGGUAGAAGUUAUUAAAUAUUAGCUCCUAUUAGACUGUUCUGUCCACAGGUUCUUCAGUAAGCUACCCGUUGUCCUUGUUCAUCCUUGUCUAUCUCAACACCCUCUUGGUUGCAAUAUUCCAGCACCCAGACUCUUGAUUGCCGCGUUUCGUAAAUUCUAGUUCAUCUGAAUCUCCGUACUUGUUGCCCCUUGAUUGGUAACUUACUGGCCAGCUCCCGCCCGAAAGUAAAAUCACCCUGUGUCCACAUUCGUCCCUAAUAUCACAACAACGCCCAACUCCUUAAACCAUCGCCAUCCUUUGUAUCUUUGACUUCUAUGCUCUUGCUUCUAUCCAAAACCACCUCUUCACUACAAUUGGCACUGUGACUUUUACCAGUUAGCCUUCUCCUCGGGAAAUACUGUUGAACUACAAUCAAAAGGUAGUGGGUAUAUGGAACAAGCUGCCGGAAGAUAAGGUAUUUAUAAUACCAUUUGAAAGACAUUUGGACAGGUACAUGGAUAAGAAAGGUUUUGAGGGAUAUGGGCCAAACACGUGCAGAUGGGGCAUCUUGAUCGGUUGGGGCAAGUUGGGCCAAAGGGUCUGUUUCUGUGCCAUGUCACUCUACCUUUAAGAUCCUCAUUAAAAAAUAGAUCUAUUUUUCUGUCAUGAAAGAAGCUUUUGUGUGUCUGGCAAAUGAAAGAUACUGAUCAAUAUUCAGUAUGCUGUGGAAAUAAUUUGAUUCCAGUGGCAAUAAUAUCAGAUCAGUAUGAAUGCGUUUUAAUGUGGCUCAGUUUAUUCUUGCACAUAUCUUCAUCUGCUUACCCAUCCUUAUGGGUCAAGGAUGAUUCCGAGAUAGCUGAGGGUGGAACAGUUGACUCCAUAUAGCUCGAUCAAGUGGUGGGUCAUAAUGUCCCAAGGGAUAUAAUUAGGCCAUUCGGCCCAUCAAGUCUACUCCGCUAUUGCAUCAUGGCUGAUCUGUCCCUCCCAACCCCAUUCUCCUGCCUCCUGGAGUAGCAAGGGAAGCAAUAUAUUGACUGGGUUGCAAUUUUUUUGGAUAGAAUGAUAAGCACAGCCACUUUCCCCAAUGUUGGGGCAAAGUAAAUA